AUGGGCUGCCGCCACUACAAGCGGCGCUGCCGGAUCCUGGCUCCGUGCUGUGAGCAGGUGUUCUGGUGCCGCCACUGCCACAAUGAGACCGCGAGCAGCAGCGAGCGGCCGCACGAGAUCGACCGCACCAAGAUCGCAGAGGCCAUCUGCGAGAUGUGCGGCCAUCGGCAGGCCCCAGCGCAAAAUUGCGAGGCUUGCGGCGGCAGCUUCGCGGCAUACUUCUGCACUCACUGCAACUUCUGGGACGAUGAUGGAGUUCGGAAGAAGGUCUUCCACUGUGAGAAGUGCGGCCUGUGCCGUGUUGGUGGCCGUGAGAACUACUUCCACUGCGAUGCCUGCGGUUCCUGCUAUCCCGCAGAGAUCAAAGACUCCCACACCUGUGUGGAGAACGCCAUGAGGCGGAACUGUCCCGUGUGCUUGCAGGAUUUGUUCCAGUCCACGACGCAAGUGACGAUCUUGCAGUGCGGACACACCAUCCAUCAGGACUGCCUGAGGGAGCUGCAAAACUCCUUCGCGGGACUGCAGUCUCUGCGAUGUCCUCUCUGCAGCGUGAGCCUCUACGGCUACGACGACCUUUGGCAUGAGAUGGACCGUCAGAUAGAGGAGACUCCCAUGCCUCUGGAGUGCAGGCAGCUGACGGACAUCAUCUGCAACGACUGCCAGCGGCCGUCCUCCGUGGAGUUCCACAUCCUGGGUCAGAAGUGUCCCACCUGCCGGUCCUACAACACCCGGAGAGUCUGA